ACAGAAUUAACUGUGAAAUAUCCAACGCGGAAUAAAUAUGGAUUCGUCUGACGAAGAAGACUUCAUCGUUGGGCCUGGAUGGGCGCAAAUAAAAUUGUCGAUAAACCAACUUCAAGAAAAUUUAAAUAUGCUGUGCGAGACACUCAACUUGGUUGUUGACAUUGAAAAUAUAAAACAGACGAGCACGCGACGUGUUGAGAUUCGAGAUUCAUCGAGACGGAUUUUAGACAAACAAGCACAUUUCAUGGAAAAAUUCAAAGAAAAAUUAGAAAGCUACAAAUGUACGAGCAUCGACGGAGGAGAGUCGGAAUUGGAAUACAUAGAAACAUACAUAACGCUAACUCGACAAGUUGACACUUCUAUAUCUACUUUGCUUGACGGUGUAGUAAAACAGUUAUCCUUGAAAACUGACGCAGAAAAAAAACUAUCCAAUGAAUUCGCCACUCUAGAGAUAAGUUUCCACCAAUUAGAAUCACAGAUAAUGAAAGAGAAAAUUAGGUAUGACAAACUAACGUCUGAAGUGAAUGUUGAAAAAGCGAGAUGUCGAAAGCUCGAGCAACAGCUAGUUGAAAAAUCAAAUCUAGUCAAACAACUUCGUCGUGAAUCCACAGUUGCAUUAUGGGUACGCGAAAAACAAAAAAUCGAGGAAGCCAUAGCAACGCGAGAGAGCGAGCUAGCAUGGAAAUUGAACAACGUCUCAGACGAGUUCGAUGAAACCAGAAAUAAAUUACAAAAUAAAAUCCGCGAGCUGCAAUAUCAGAACAGUAUUUUGAAGACGAGAAAUAACACACGAAACGGGAUAACGCGACAGGAAGCAGACGAAUUAAAGCGAAUUCUAUUCGUGAAGGAACGAGCGUUAAUUAUAGCAGAGAGCGAGGUGAAAAAACAACAGGUCUACUAUGGUGGUCUGCUAACAGGCUUGGUGACAGAUUUUCAAAUCAUGAUGUCCAAAGAUAACAUUUCCGUAGAUCAGUUCAAACACCACCAUAGAGAAUUCUACAACAGGAUGAAGAAAAUUUCACAAGGCGUUGAAGAAGGCAAUCUAGUCGGUAUUCGAUCUACGUUACCCUCACACUAUCUUGGUACUGCCAGUAAUGUUAAAAGCCAUCCAAUUAAAAUUUCUGAAGUUAAACCCGUUAUAUUUGCAGACGAUAUGGACGAGUCAGUUGAUUUGGAUAAAAUUAAAGGAAACGCAACUUUGUUAAAAUGGCGCAAGGGAUCCAGCGUCACCAGUCCAAGCUUAAAAAAACUGCUGGAGGGACUGCAGAAAGAUAAUCCUGUGCUUAUAAUGAAAAAUGGAACAUUGAGAGUGAAAGAAGCCAUGACAUACUAUCCGAAUUAUUCGGAAGAAAAAAUACGACAUCUUUUUGAAAUGUUUAAAUCAUUAGACGACAACGGCGACUUGUCGUUAGACACGGCGGAGAUUUUACACAAUCUUCCCAGAAUGCUUGGUCGCUUAGCAACGACAGAAGAGGUUGCUGACACGGUGAGAGAGAUCGACAUCGACGAAUCUGGAACGAUCGAUUUUUUUGAGUUUUUAUUAUUAAAUCAACUUUUAGAACAGGGGGAGGGUAAGUCGCGGUUGAUUAAACAACAAAGCGAAAAUAAGAAGAAAGAAAGUUAUGACGAAUCGAAAGUUUGUGCAGUCAUGUAAACUAAACACGAAGUUCUUUUUUCUCACCUCGAACGUCUUGCCCAGAUUUAUACGCCAGCGCUGAAUUUCCAGUAGAGUAUGACGCGCCAAGUCCAAAUAAAUGGCCGCAAUAUUUAU